CAAAGAUUUCUUUUGUCUCACGAAAUAGGGGGAAGGAUCUAACCAAAUCUCUACUUGCAAUUGCUAACGCACAAACUCCUGCCGCUCAAAUGAGCAUUAAUUAAUCCCAUCACCACUAAGCGCACUACCACUAUAAUAAUACUGGUAAAUGCAAUUAGACAUCACGAAAUCACAACUCCACGAACUCCCAAUCCCCACUUCUUAAGCUUCCUGUCUCGGCGGCCUUCUCUCCUCCUCAUCCAACCUCCCCUACUCCCACUCCACCUGGCCUCUUCGCCACCGAUUCAGAGCUUGCCAUUGAUGGACUACGAGCGCAUCCACGAGCCGCUCCCUCGUCAGUCGGCUGGAUUCUCCCCAGCUAAGCUACGAGCGAUGCUUCGCGGGCUAGAGAAGCAUCAGCGCAACGGCGAGGACACAUCGCCUGAGGCCAACGACUCCGGCGAGCUCGACGACCGGAGGAGCUUGGAGUGCUCCACCUCCACUGAGAUGUCGAGCAACAGUUGCAACAGAUCAAGAAACCGAGCUCCGGACGACGACAGCUUCGACUCCGAGAGCAGCUCAUCGGGUGCGCCAACGGUGAAGAGGUCGGCGGCGGUGGCUGCGUUGCUGCCGCCGUUCUCUCGGCCAACUCCGUCUAAGUGGGACGACGCUGAGAAGUGGAUUUCCAGCCCGACAUCAAACCGUACUGGCCGUGUGGGCGCUUCCACUGGAACUGUGCCGAAGAAGUCAGCAUUGGCAUUUCCCGAGCAUGGAGGCCGCCCACCAGCCGUUGCUAAGGUGGUCGACGAGGUGCCCACCAACACUAGAGCCUUGGUUAAGAAUUCAGAUGGUCUCACUCAGUCCGAUUUAUUUAAACCUGCACAGAGUGCUUCAAUCGUUGACGAACCAGCACCCGCUGUUAGGUCUGUCUCAAUGAGAGACAUGGGAACAGAAAUGACUCCAAUUGCUAGCCAGGAGCCUUCUCGGACUGGGACACCUAUAAUUGCAUCUAGUCCAACUUCCUCUCGGACACCAACUCCACAAUGUACCGGAGAAUUUUGUAUCAGUAAAAUUGACUCUAACAAGAAGGAGAUGUCUGAGGAGGAGCUACAAAUGAAUACCAGACAGGAAAUUAUGGAUCUUGGCCAGAGGCUAGGCAAGACAACUAUAGCCGCAUGGGCAAGCAAGGAAGAGAAAGCUACUGCAAAUUUCACUAAUACUAUAGCGGAUAAGUCUGUCGAUAUCAACAGGGAGACUCGAGCUGCAGAUUGGCAGGAGGCAGAGAAGGCAAAGUAUCUCGCGAGGUUCCAGGGGGAGGAAGUAAAGAUCCAAGCUUGGGAAAAUCUCCAGAAAGCCAAAAUUGAAUCUGAAAUGAAGAGGAUAGAGGCCAAGAUAGAACGUAAACGGGCGCGCCAGCAAGACAGGCUCGCUAACAAGUUGGCAGCAGUAAGCCACAGAGCAGAGGCGAUGAGGGAGGCAGCUGAGGUAAGGAGGAGCCAAGAAGCAGUAAGAACAGAAGAGCAGGCAGCACAGAUCCGAAAAACCGGGCAUAUGCCUUCUUCAUUCUCCUGCUGGUGCUGGUGCCUGUGAUCACCUGCCUAUAACAUGAUCCAUGAUCUUUGGGCAAGGUAGAUAUAUUGUUCAUUGACGACCUUGUAAUGUAAUGCCAUUGGCUCAUCUUCUCGUCAAGGGAAUGCAGAGUGUCUCGCCAUUUUUGUCAUCUCUAU